AUGGCUCACCCUAUGGAGUCUCAAAAUUCCCCCAAAUGGAAAACAUUCAUAUGGAGAGCAAUUAGUGAUAUCCUCCCUACCACUACAAAUUUGAUUAUAAAGAGGGUGGAUGUGGAUCCAAAUUGUACCAUGUGUGGGAUCUCUCAAGAGGACACUAUGCAGGCUUUGGUGUUGUGUGACUUUGCAAAAGCCAUAUGGGAACAAUCUAACAUUCCAAUCCCCAAUAUUAUGACAAAUGUUUUUCACAUUUGGUUUAUUGAUCUUCUAAAUGUUCUAGACUCUAAUGGAAUAUUGCAUGCAACAACGAUUUUAUACCAUAUUUGGAGAGCACGGAACGGAGUAGUAUGGGAUGUUGUCCUUCCACGACCGAGGAAAUUGUUAGCCAUGGCCGCAUCCAUGCAUGCAUGGCGCCAUGCACGGACCACCGCUGCCGCCACGCCAAUAGCCGAGCACCCGGGACUGCCACUGCCACACAAACAGCUGACCACCGCUGCUGCCACAACAGCUGUACCACUGCCCAGGAAUUUCCGGAUAGACGUCGGCUUCCUCCACGACUCGGGCAAGGCAACGGUAGGGGCGAUGCUCCUCGAUGCGAAUGGGGGAUAUAUUGCGGCAUUCAGUGCCCCUCUCCCGGUUUGUUUUUCACCACUCAUGGCCGAAGCAUUCACGUGCAAGGAAGCCUUAUCAUGGUUAAAGAAUCGUGGCGAAAGUUCAGUACGGCUCUACACAGAUUGCCUGUCAUUACAGCGCUAUCUCACCUCACCACCAUCUACAGUUCGUUCGUUCGUACGUUGGCUAUGCUAUUGA